AUGAUGAUGCCUAACGCCACUGAUAACAAUUGGGACCCUUCCUUGAGUAGACUGUUGACAUCAUUAAAGGAAGUACAGUCAGAUGGUGAAGAUGUAGCAUUCCUUAGUGAAUUGUUGCAAUCAAAACAACUGCAUGCUCUUGUACAAGUCCAUAACAAAAUAGUAGCCAAAGGAAAGGAUGACAAAUUUUAUCCAUUGUUAUCAAAUGCAAUGCAAGUUACUUUAGAAGUUUUAGAAAUGUUUGGUGAAUUGAAAACUGUCUCCAAAGAAUUUCAAGAGCUCCUGAGUUUACUUCAAAAACCACAUUUUCAGGCCAUUUUGUGCACACAUGAUGCAGUAGCUCAAAAAGAUUAUUACCCACAUUUACCAGACAUUCCUCCAGAUGGAGAUGAGGAUGAAGAAACUGUCAAAAUUGUACAAUUAGUUAAAAGUGAUGAACCCUUGGGUGGAGCACUGAGUGCAGAACCAAUUGUGGGUGCCACUAUUAAAACGGACGAGGAGACUGGUAAAAUUGUAAUAGCUCGCGUCAUGCACGGCGGGGCGGCUGAUCGAUCCGGCCUCAUUCAUGCUGGCGAUGAGGUCAUUGAAGUGAACGGUAUAAGUGUAGAAAAUAAAACUCCCGCUGAUGUACUCGAUAUUUUACAAAAUUCUGAGGGAACAAUAACAUUCAAACUAGUGCCUUCUUUUGGCAAAGGUGGGUCUCGGGAGUCUAAAGUGAGAGUGCGAGCUCUUUUUAAUUAUAACUCGGAUGAAGAUCCAUACAUUCCUUGUAAGGAGGCAGGUCUUAAUUUCAAAAAGGGCGAUAUCUUGCAUAUUGUUUCUCAGGAUGAUGCAUACUGGUGGCAGGCUCGGCGAGAAAACGAUAAAGUUAUGAGAGCCGGUUUGAUACCGUCUCGGGCCUUGCAGGAAGGUCGGAUUAUACAUGAGCGGCAAAGUGAUCCACAAUCUACGGACGGCAAACCAGCUCUAUGUUCACCAACAAAUGGCAACACGGACUGUAGCCCAAAAACACCUUGUUCGCCGACACCAAACGCGACUGCGCUUCUUCCUUGCAAAUCUACGCCUAAAGUGAAGAAAAUCAUCUACGAUAUAAAAGAGAAUGAUGAUUUUGACCGGGAGAUGAUACCAACAUAUGAAGAAGUGGCAAGAUUAUAUCCAAGACCGGGUUUUGUUCGACCGAUUGUGUUGGUUGGGGCACCGGGCGUUGGUAGAAAUGAAAUGAGGCGAAGACUCAUCGCUACCGAUCCGGAAAAGUAUGUCACACCGAUUCCAUAUACAUCGAGACCAUUGAAGCCCAGCGAGCAAAAUGGGAAGGAAUACGUUUUCGUUACCCGCGAGAAGAUGGAGCAAGAUAUUACCGAUGGAAAAUUUAUCGAACACGGCGAGUACAAAGGGAAUUUGUAUGGUACGUCGGCGGAAAGCGUGGAGACAAUCGUUAAUUCUGGUCGUGUAUGCGUCUUAAGUCCGCAUUGGCAAGCGCUGAAGAUGCUUCGCACGACUCGUUUACGGCCCUACAUUGUGUUCGUAAAGCCGCCGUCAUUUGAACGCCUGGUUGAAACCAGAACGAAUGCCAACGCUCGCUCGACCUUUGAUAAAGAAAGUUCAAGGGCUUUUACAGAAGAAGAGUUUCACGACAUUAUUCGUUCGUCGACGCGUAUCAACUUCCUCUACGGCUACAUGUUUGACGAGGAGAUUGUGAAUGAAGAUCUGGCAAUUGCAUUAUCGCAGCUCCUAAAAACCUCAUGGAGGGUCCAAUCUGAGCCUCUUUGGGUUCCUGCUUCUUGGGUACAGUAA